CCCCACCCCCCAACAUGAGUCGACUCGACAAAUUUUUCUUUCUUUUGCAACGUAGUACGCGGGGCAUUCGUGCCUUUACAUUGCGUUGGGGGUGGAUUUAUAGUUAUUGAUAGUUAUAGCUGUGCUUGCGAAGUGUUGUAUUCAAUACGUACUCAACGAGCUUCCUGUUCAGUCAGUGAUGUCCAGCACAUUUCAUUCAUUGUGGCUAACGCUAGCUUCGGAUUGGUCAAAGAUCGCCUGAACAGAAUUUGGCCGACGUGCUUAACGUAUAUUUUUUACCACUAUUCACUACAUUAUACGAAACACCAUAAUGUACUCUUUCUAUACGUUUUUUAUUUUCAGAGAAAAUGGUGGUGAAAGUUAACUAGUAAGUCAAAUGAAAACUGCUGCAUUUAUUUAUGGUACGCUCUAAAUUGUAACUUCCAACUGCUUAACUACCAUGGAUUAUGAACAUAAGGCGAAUGUGGUGGCUGAGUGUUUGCAGAGCUACAGGAACGAUGAAUCCGGAUGGAAAGUCUGCAAAAAAUCGAAUGACGUCAUUGUAUCAUGGCGACCUUCGUCCGAGUUCCCAGGGAAUGUCUAUAAAGGGGAUGGAGUUAUAAAUGACACCUUAGAGAAUGUAUGGGAGUGUCUGAAACCGGUACCAAAAGGGCUCAGAGUCAAGUGGGACAAUAAUGUGAAGAAGUUUGAACUUUUGGAACAAAUCACAGAGGACAUCUCCGUCUGCCGAACAGUCACACCCUCAGCAGCUAUGGGUAUCAUAGCGCCUCGAGACUUUGUUGAUGUCAUUUUAAUUAGGCAAUAUGAAGACGGCACAAUUUCUUCGAAUGCCACUAACGUGAGUCAUCGGGGCUGCCCUGUUCAGUCAGGUUACGUGAGAGGGUUCAAUCAUCCGUGCGGCUGCAUCUGUGUCCCUAUGUCAGCAGAGCCCAACAAAACCCAAGUCCUCACUUUCUUCCAGACGGACCUUGGUGGCUUACUCCCUCGCUCUGUGGUCGACUCCUUUUUCCCUUCCAGCAUGACAGAGUUUUACAGCAAUCUGACCAAGGCUGUUAAAUCACUAAAAACUAAAAACAUUUGAAUUUUCAUCCAUUUUGUAUAUCUCCUGUCACCAUUAGGGUGACGGACGGGUGAGCUAGAGGCUAUUGGCCACUGUCAUGCAAGGCUUGUUUGUACCAUUGAUUGAUAGCCCGUCAAUUGCAGGGAUCAUACUGUACAAAACACGCAUUCACACUUACAUUCACACCCAUGGAAAAAUAAGGCUUCUAAUAUCUAAUUGAACUCAAAAAGAAUUGGAAGGCAUAGGUCAAUUUCUUUGCAUUCGUUGUAUACUAAAGACAUUUGGCUCUGGAAAUUCAACAAUAUUAUCAAUGCCUACUAUAUAAUUGAUAUGGCAGCCCCUGUAGCAGAUGUAAACAUAAUUCCAAAAACAUUCACUUGCGGCUUUCAUAUAAACCUUUAUUUCUAUUAACAGUCAAUAUCUAUUUUUAAAAUUCUACCAGGGAGACGAGUGCGUUUGAAACAGCCUUGAUUUAAUUAGUCCUCCAAUAUGAGUUGAAGCCUUCAAAAUCUUCAUCCCCGCUGUCCACACAUAUUUUAGCCACAAAUCCCCAUCUAAUACUUCUCCAGGUUCGAAGUCCUCACUUAUUUUGAAAUUCCUACAUCUACUGUGCUUGAAAAAAAUUCCAGGAAAUUCUACGAGCAGACGGUGCUGUCACAUGUUAAUUCUGAUGCAUUUCAUUGGCUAUGAGAUUGACAAUUAGUCAAGGAAAACAAAAACGAUGUAUUUGCGGAUAGAACAUAACAGCACUCUAGUGGUUGAAACGUGGUAAUGCGCUCCAGGCUUAAACCGGUUAAGCAACACAGAAGAAAAUGACUUUAUACACAAGGUCAAUCAAUAUAAUGCCCGCUAAAGAAAAAAUAACUAAAAAAUAAAAAUUAACGCUCCUCCAUUGGGAGCAAAUGAACACAUAAAAUGGCAAUGUCAUUCAUCUUUCAUAGACACGCGUUAUGGAAAAAGCACACAAAAAACUCUCCAAAGACUAACACUUUCAGCAGGUCUUAAAUAUCAUAACAGCAUCCAAGUCUUUAUUUCCUUAACAACUUGCUCAUUGCACGGGUCACUCUCCCUUCUUGCUCUAACCAUAAUGCAAAGACACCCACUGCCCACCCCGGAUUUGCGCUUACCCCAAGAGUGACUAUUUUGGUCUGAAAAAGUCAGAAGUACGCAGUUCGGUGGAAAAGUCUCAUAUGAAGCCAAUAUUGGAUUAUAUUCCAAAACACACAAGCAUGGUUAUUGAUUAUUGAUUGUCAUUUAUGAUAUCAUCAAAUUUUGAACUGGUUAAAAAAAAAUUCUGCAAUUGCAAACUUGAACAAACCCUGCUGAAAAGUCAAAAUACGGUCUCUGCACAAACACUGGCAAGACAAUUAACUGGGCUCUCACUUUAACACAUUAAAUAAUUAAUUAUACUGCCAGUUAACAUGCUUAAACAUUAACGCAAUUACCGUAAUUUAGUAUAAGUCGCACCAGCCAUAAAAUGCCCCAAAAUGUGAAAAAAACAUAUAUAAGAACAGACAUGAACGAGCAACAACAGGCUAAACGAUACGGUAUGCUAACGUGACAAACACAACUGAGGAGCUGAGAACGGGCCUGAUGUAACAUUCAGUUACUUAAAAAAAACUAUUACAUAAAUAACACGUUUAUAAAACCAUCUGUGUCACUCCAAUUCAUUAAAUCCAUCGAUCGUCCUUUGUCAACAAUGCCGUGUGCCGCGCCGCAGUUCAAAUUAUUCCACAGGGCCAUACAACGAUAUAUGAACUAUAUUUUAAAUAACUAUCACAGAAACAACAAUAUUAUCAAACCAUUUGUGUCACUCCAAAUCAUUAAAUCCAUCGAUCAAAUUUCUCGUCUUUUAUCGAUCGUCCUUUGUCAACAAUGCCAUGUGCCGCGCCGCAGUUCAAAUUAUUCCACAGGCCCAUACAACGAUAUAUAAACUAUAUUUUAAAUAACUAUCACAUAAACAACAAUAUUAUCAAACCAUUUGUGUCACUCCAAAUCAUUAAAUCCAUCGAUCAAAUUUCUCGUCCUUUGUCAUCCUGGUGACAGAGGAAAUGUCCAGAGGAUAUGGCGCUUUAAAGUGUUAAUUUAUUUGAUUUUUUUCUCUCUAUUUUUCAUGUUUUGAAUAUGUUCAAGAUAAAGAUAUUAAAGCAUGUGAAGUGAUCAACUAUACUAAAAAUAACAUGUGAAGUGGUCAAUAUACUUGUAAGUGAUGUGUUAAUGAUCAAGUAAAAAUUUGUGGAAAAAAACAUAAGUCGCUCCUGAGUAUAAGUCGACCCCCCCCACCCAAACUAUAUAUAAAAAAAAAAAACGCGACUUAUAGUCCGAAAAUUACGGUAUUAAGUAUUGUUUGUCUUAGUUUCUGUCUUUAACUGUCGCCCCCCCCACCCAAACUAUGAAAAAUACCGUGAUUUAUAGUCCGAAAAUUACGGUAAUAAUGAUCGUCAAGUCAAUGUGGAAGCAGUUGUAUUUCGGCUCUUUGAACACCCAUAGCUCCAGUAGCCCAUUACCUCAGUCCUGCAUGCCAAAUCAUAAGCAAAUGCAUUACUCAACAUCUCCCCAAUACUCUCAUGGUUAUUAUUUUUUUAACAGCUUACCUUCCAGUUACUCAAUGUUCUAUUCAGUUCAUAGUCUUAAUGGACUUCUAAAGAUCUGUCUUUUAAAAAAAAAAAACUCCACUCGUUCAGAAUCUUUGGCUUUUUCGACUGGAUCCAUGCCCUUGGCUUUGAAACUAUUUUAUUUUUUUCAAAGAGACAUUGGAGAGGCCAAUAAAUCCAACUAUGUUUUAAAUGUAUAGUAAGUGUUCUGUGCGUGUUUGCCUGUGAUAUGUGCAUGAUUGUCCUGCGAUUGCAAAUAUGAUUAGACUUUUGCUGAUCUGUGAUGUUAAAACUUGUUUUAUGGGCAUUUGUUUCUGCUAAACACAAAAGCAGACAUUGCAAAAAGCCUAUUUUGAUUAUUUCACACCAUAGAAAUUCUAGUGGUUUCAUAUAGCCUGUGUGUUACCCUAGUAAUCUUGUUUCUAUUGUAGUAAGUUAAUACCUUUAAGAUUGCCUAUCAAAAGGGAGUUUUUUUUACCCCUGGUUGCUCAACCUGUAAUAAGAUAAAAAUGUUUACUCUCAAAUCGUGGGACUUCUGAGUGAUUAUAGACUUUUAGAAGUCCAUAAUAUUAGAAUAAAGUCCAUAAUAUUUGAAUCAGGCUUUCCUGUGCUAUGGAAAGACUUUGCAAGAAAUAAAUACCACAAAAUAUCCCUGAAA